AAAGGUAACAGCUCUCGUGGGGGGGGGAGAUCACAAGACGACAACCAGGAAAAAAGUAACAGCUUUCUCCGUCAACUACGGCACUUGAGAGACUUGUCCUCCUCUCUUUCUUCGAUUUCAAACCUCAAAAGAGAUGGAUUCUUCUCACUGCUUUGCCACUGGGAAAAGCAGUUCUGUCUUGCCAAAACUUACUUUCAAGAAUGUGGACAGCAACAAGUUUUGGGGUGAAAAGAUCAAAAGCAAUGGUUUCUUUAAACGUUUUGCUUCAGAUUUGAACUCCAACAAGUUUGGGAAUCGAAAGUUCAAGCACAGUAGUGUUGUUUACGCUGUUGCCACUUCAAAGAAUCCUAACGAAGCUAUGAUAGUAAAGCCUUCCAUGUUUGAGAAAAGAAAGGCAGAUCCCAAAAACGUGGCUGCAAUCAUUCUAGGAGGAGGCAAUGGAGCUCAACUCUUCCCUCUUACUAAGAGAGCCGCCACACCAGCUGUUCCUGUUGGUGGAUGCUAUAGACUGAUCGAUAUCCCGAUGAGUAACUGCAUUAACAGCUGCAUCAACAAGAUAUUCGUGCUGACACAGUUCAACUCGGCUUCCCUCAACCGACACUUAGCACGUACUUACUUUGGGAAUGGUAUCAACUUUGGAGGUGGUUUCGUUGAGGUUCUUGCUGCUACACAAACACCAGGGGAAGCUGGGAAGAAGUGGUUUCAAGGAACAGCUGAUGCUGUCAGAAAAUUUCUUUGGGUGUUUGAGGAUGCCAAGAACAGGAACAUAGAGAACAUACUUAUUUUGUCUGGAGAUCAUCUCUAUAGAAUGAACUACAUGGACUUUGUUCAGUCUCAUGUAGAUAGUAACGCUGAUGUUACUCUUUCCUGCGCACCAGUCAGCGAAAGCCGUGCAUCGAACUUUGGUUUAGUGAAGAUUGAUAGAGGUGGGCGUGUAACCCACUUCUCUGAGAAACCAACUGGUGUUGAUCUGAAAUCAAUGCAAACGGACACAACAAUGCUUGGACUAUCUCAUGAAGAAGCUACAGAUUCUCCAUACAUUGCAUCAAUGGGAGUUUAUUGUUUCAAAACCGAAGCUUUGCUGGAUCUUUUGACACAACAGUAUCCGACUUCCAACGACUUUGGAUCUGAGGUUAUUCCUGCUGCCAUAAGAGAUCAAGAUGUUCAAGGAUACAUAUUCCGAGAUUACUGGGAAGAUAUUGGAACUAUAAAGACUUUCUAUGAGGCUAACCUAGCUCUUGUUGAUGAGAGACCAAAGUUUGAGUUCUAUGAUCCAGACACACCGUUCUACACUUCUCCACGGUUCCUCCCACCAACAAAAACUGAGAAAUGCCGUAUGGUAGAUUCGAUAAUCUCACACGGAUGUUUCAUGCGAGAAUGCAGCGUCCAACGCUCCAUCAUUGGAGAAAGGUCACGUCUUGACUAUGGAGUUGAGCUUCAGGAUACGUUGAUGUUAGGUGCAGAUUAUUACCAAACUGAAUCUGAGAUUGCAUCUCUGUUAGCGGAAGGAAAGGUUCCAAUUGGUAUUGGUCAAGAUACAAAGAUCAGGAAAUGCAUCAUUGACAAGAAUGCCAAGAUUGGUAAAAACGUGAUCAUCAUGAACAAAGGCGAUGUUCAAGAAGCGGAUAGGCCAGAGGAAGGAUUCUACAUUCGGUCUGGAAUCACUGUGGUUGUCGAGAAGGCUACAAUUCAAGAUGGUACUGUUAUAUGAAUGGAGCCUUGAACUAUUUGAAAUGCCAAAGCAACAAUCUAGCCGGAGAUUCUAUUCGCUUUUUGGCGGGGAGAUUUUAAACGAGAGAGCUUGGAUCUUUGAAUGUAAAACUUAGAAAAAGGGGUCAGGUCAAGUUUAGCUAAUCUUUUUAAUACUACAAUCAGAGAUGGCCAGUCACUUUUUUUUUUCCUGUAUUAUGAACCU